GCGACACCAGCGGGGAGAUCCCUCACAGAAGAGUCUUUUUUUAGCCCAACGACUGUCCAGCAAGAUCGCCUCCGAGAUGUGCAGCCGGCCAUGUCCAUCAAGCCGCUGCCGACGGACGUCGUGGCCCAGAUCAAGUCGUCCGUCGUCAUCACAUCCCUGAACAACGUGAUCUGUGGGCUCAUCACGAACUCGCUUGACGCUGAGGCCACCCGCAUCAACCUGACCGUCGACUACGCCCGCGGAAACUGCUCUAUAGAAGACAAUGGAAUAGGGUUACCGCCAUCCGAAUUCCGCGACGACGGAGGGCUGGGCCAUCUGCACUAUACGUCCAAAUAUCCACCACGUCCGGAUAUCCACGGCAGACAUGGCAUCUUCUUAGCGUCCGUCGCCUCUUUGUCCUUGCUCUCCCUGGCGUCCCACCAUCGAGAUUACCACUCGCACAACUCGCUGAGCAUUCACAACUCCAAAGUCUUGGCUCGCCAUCUGCCGUGUCCUCCCGAGCAAAGGGUUCUCACCUUCAACCAUGGCACCCGUGUCACCGUGAGAGACUUAUUUGGCUCAAUGCCAGUUCGGGUCAAGUAUCGCGCUCUACAAGGCGACAAAUACUCCUUCAGCAGGGACUGGGACCGGCUGCUUUCCGACCUAGUCGCUCUACUGCUUUUCUGGCCUGGGGAGGCAUCUGUGUCGAUUCGCGAAGUCUCUAGUCGGCAGAGCUUGACUUUAAGAACUGACUCUCGAGCAAGAACCUGGAUCAAUAAUGGCUGUCGUCUGCUGCACCAGGCGUCUUUGUGCAACAGCCCUGAUGCGAGCGACUGGGUCCCCAUCGGAGCGUCUACGCCAAGAUUGUCCAUAGACGGGUAUGUCUGCCGCGAGCCGGUUGCCACAAAACGCGUCCAGUUCAUCAGUCUCGGCAUCGAGCCGCUCACCAACGAGUCUCGGUCUAACGUGCUUUUCGAAGAGGUGAACAGGGUCUUUGCAGACUCUGCCUUCGGGGCCGUUGAUACUGAAACUGACUCGGGUGGUGAGCGCAAGAAGCCCAAGAUGGAUGGCUUCACCGGGAGGGAGCUCAAAGUCAGAAAAGGCGUGGACAGGUGGCCAAUGUUCUUCGUGAAGAUUACUGCUACAUCCUCAGCAACGAAGGAGUCUCUGCAUGUGGAGGACGUUCUCGAUGACCGGCGACCCGAUCUCGCAUUGAUCACAGACCUUCUGAAGGCCAUGUUCUACGAGUUUUUGAAGAAGAACCACUGUCGGCCUAAGACUGUUAAUCUAUCAGUAAAAGAGAAGCGUUCUCGCAGCGAGCAAAAUCAAAAGUCCAAUCAGAGAUUGAUGAAAGGGGGGUCCAGAUCAAAAGCUGAUUCCAAGACUGUGUCGAGUCCGAUGGAAAAGCCCGUCAGGAGUACCCGGAAGCUCGAGACUCCCGAGAGCAGACCCGAGUCACCAUUUGAUGGGUGGUCGCGAAUCAAGUCUGGCCGGACACUCCCUACCUUCAAAGAGGCCAAGCAGCCUUAUAUACAUUCGCAGUCUCUGCUUAUGAGCUCCACUACUAGAAGCCAUGAUGCACACGAUGCGAGCAACUCCAAGCCGUCCGAAUAUCCCAUGUCACAGCCUUCACGAUCCCCAUUAUACGACGCUAACGGCAAACUCACACGGAAACCCUUUGAGGACAUUGACCCCAAGCAGUUGAGAGGAAGGAGUCUAUCUCAAGUGCCAACUCCACAGAAAAAAGCCACCGAAGGCUUAACAAGAUUUUCGGAACAGUCUGCUGAAGAUAGACCAAUCGAGUGGAUCAACCCUGUCACCAAAUUGGCAACCCUUAUCGAUCCUAGGACUGGAUUUGUGAUGCCUCCUAAAGCAUUGACACUUAGCAGAUGGGCCGCGAGACAGCUUACUCACAGUGGCAACACCAUCCAGAGCGACCCCACGGCUACGAGCGACACUACAUCCUGGGUCAGAGACCUGGCAAACAACUGGGAGAAUCCGGUUUUCCCGCAGACAGAACGUCCGAUACCAAAAUUGCCAGAUGUACCAGAUGUUCUUGACAUUGACGUCAAAGCAGGUGGCCGUCACGGGCUUCCCGCGAUCAGCAUGGGGUCGCAUCACGAAGCGACUGCCAUGGGACUUCAAGGGCGGAUAUCGAGGGCCGGCCUUUGCAGAGCUGAACUGGUGGCACAGGUUGACAACAAGUUCAUCCUCGUGAAAUUGCCACUUGAUCAGGUCAACAAAAAUCAAACAAACCCGCAGGCGUUGUCUGCCUCAUCGUCUAUGGUCUUGAUCGACCAGCAUGCUGCCGACGAGCGCUGCCGCGUCGAAGGCCUCAUGAACGACUAUUUCGUCUACAAUGCGAGCUGCAAGACUUGGGAGGCAGUCACAGAACUCCUUCCAAAGCCCCUGGUUUUUGAGCUCUCGGGGCCGGACAGAGACGUUCUCUGCCAAAGUCAGGCCCACUUUGCCCACUGGGGGAUAUGCUACGACGUAGAGACUCCUGGUCCUGGCCGGAGCCUCGCAAGCAAGAAUCCCGAGACCACGGAGGCUGUUCGCAAAGCCAGAGUCGCCGUGCGGAGCCUCCCUCCCGCCAUCUUGGAAAGAUGCAGGACGGAACCGGGGCUCCUCUCGAACCUGAUCAGGACGGAGGCGUGGAGACUGAACGACGAGCCGGGACCGGCCCGACAACCGCGACCAAGGCCCGCACCGGCCGGAGAGGCCGGGGGAAACAGCCCGGCCUGGGUGUCGCUCUUCCACGGGUGCCCGCAGGGGAUCACCGAGCUCAUCAACUCGCGGUCCUGCAGGAGCGCCAUCAUGUUCAACGACGCGCUGACGCGGGACCAGUGCGCGGACCUCCUGGGGAGGCUGGUCCGGUGUGCGUUCCCCUUCCAGUGUGCCCACGGGCGGCCGUCGAUGGUGCCGCUGGUGGACCUGGGCGGGGCCAUGAGCCAUGGCAUGGGGGAUGGGACGGGGGUCGGCGAGGCUGGCUUUGGGCGGGAGUUUAAGCUGUGGAAGGGGAGGAGAGCUGGCCGGUCGGCAUGAGGUAUCGGACGUCGCUGUUGCCCGAGAUGAGCUUGGCUUGAGCUACUCCAGGCCACUUUUGGUGGGAUGACUUGCUGUAGACCAAUAUUUUAGACCUUUCAAAGCGUAAGGAGGAUGUUCGUGUAGCCCUUUUUGGAGGCUUGUACAACUUUUCUGAGUUCCUUGACUACUUAAAAGCUACGUCUUCCCUAAGGUACACUUCACGAUUUUGAGGAACAAAAAGGGGCGGGCUGGUCCUCUGGGUUCGUGUCGUGCCUACUGGCCCUCCUCGC